UUACAAAAAGUUUCGCGGUACAGUUUCCCUCUCCCUUGAUCGGCCAUGCCCAAUCCCAAUUGGGAUCAGCGGCACCCAAAAUACAAUUGAUCCCCCUGCAACCUUACGCGCAUAUAAAUACUCGGUCAGGAUACGAAUUUGGUCAGAACCGAGCCACUCUUUCUCAUAAAAGCAAAAUGGCAUUCAAGUUCAUCGUACUCGCAGCCUUGGUGGCAUUAGCCAGCGCCGGUGGGCCAGCAGCUUACGACAUCGCCGCAUCUUCCGGCGACCACAGCAGCAUCGGCUUCAGCCAAGAGUCCACGCAGAAAGGCUACGCGGGUCAGAACGUGAUUUCUUCUUACUCGAAAUCCGACGAUUCGGCUCACUCUUUCGUACGAGUUAGCAGUCAUAGCGUCAGCAACGAUGGCCUGUUGCACUACGACAUCCCACAGGCUCCUGUUCUGAAAGCCGCAUACGCAGCCCCAACAUACAUAGCCCCUCCAACUGCUGCUCCCCUAAUCGCCAAGACCUACGCCGCCCCUUAUAGCUACGGUACUCCUCUUUUGGCAAAGAGUUACGCCGCCCCGUACAGCUACAGCUCUCCUCUACUGACCAAAACCUACGCCGCUCCAGCACCGAUCUACGCCAAGGCUGCCGUCUCCGCACCAGUUGCUCCACUUCUGACGAAGACCUACGGUUCUCCUCUCGUGGCCAAAUCAUACGCUUCCCCCCUUUUCACCAAAUCGUACGUCGAAUCGGCUCCACUCCUGACCAAGACCUACGAAUACGCUGCUCACGCCCCAGUUGUCGCCAAGAGUGCCUAUAUUGCCCCUGCUCACGGAUACACCGCCUCCCUCGCACCAGCUCCUCUCUUGACCAAGACCUACGCUGCCCCUCUGCAGUACGCUCCUCAGACUCACUUUGUCUCCAAGGCCUACGGAUACGAAGCUGGUGCCCCUGUUGUGCACGCCGUCUUCCAAGGUCUUGGUACCAGCUACUCCUGGUAAAUCUGUGUUACCCUUUCAGUCCUAUCAGCAUUUGGUUCUUAUUCGCUUUGCUAGAAUCUUUGCUCUCCUCGAGUCGGAUUCGGAAAAUACGAAUAAGCUAAGUUUUGCUUCAGGCGUGAAAGGGUUAAACGAAACGAACUGGAUUAAAAAUGUGUAGAUAGAACUUUAUCCUUAGUAAGACAGUCAACUUGUACUUACAUGUAUAGAUGUUGCGUAUUAGUAGGUAGAUAUGAUGUUGAAUUGUAUUUAGAUUAUACGCACCGAUUUACAUUCGAACUUCGCACUGAAAUAGACCUUAUUUUUUAUUCUCAAA